AUGGCUCCCCUUCUUCCCUCGUCAAACCUCAACAAAACAAAUAAACAAAAGCCGGUAAAUUACUUAAUCUACCAGCAGCAUCAACUAUAUCGCCCAAUCAACUUGGGCCGGACGAUUCUGUCAGCUUCAAGUCGAAAUACCCCCUUGCAGCCAAAGCCACCCAAAACCUCCACCCAACCAUCUCUACCAAGCGUACCGGGACCAUCUCAUAUUCACGCACGCGAGCAAACCAACGCCAGCGACCAUCGCCCGGAGCUGGAACAACUUGCCGACGAUGACUCGAGAAGCUCGGACUCAGAUCUCGAAAUAAUCUGUCAAUUGCUCCUGCCUCCGGAAGCGUAUAAUAAAUCAAAAAUCGCUGAAAAUUCCAUCAAAGCUGCGAAACAUAUUGAUUCGCAUUUACCCGACCGGCCGCGGCCUGGCUCCGGCUCAGAUUCGAUUUACAGAACACUGCCUGAUGAUGUGCCUCGUGGCCCUGAGGAGGAUGCGCUAUCGCGACCAGCUCUAGAAGAUAAAACCGAAGAGGAAGUAGAUCAACUCGAAGAAGACCCAGCAGCCGAUGCAAAUGGUGAACUAGAAGAAGCAGUUGAUUCUCAGCCAGAUGAUCGAAACCGCAAUCUUCUCAAAGAUACGUCUAGUUGUCUGUCCCGUCAUUCCACGCAUGAUCAGAUCAAGAACCCAAGGGCCGAACCUUCAAGUGAACACCAGACAGGAAAAGAACAAGCCGAUGCUAUCUCCGAGCCUCAAAGUGGAAAUCGUCUAGAGGGUUCGAGCUCUCAGCAGCAUUCCAGCCAGCCACGGCCUAAAAGAAGGAGAACACGUCCAAUAGUUGGGGAUUCUUCGAGAGGAGCAAUGUCACCAACUGCUCCGAUCAUUAUCGAUUCCGAUCCCGAAUGCUUUCAGAAACACGUUGACGCCAAUGAAGUAGUACCUCUCCUUGGAGGACUCGGCAAAUCUCUGAUUUCACCAAAGCGUGGUAAAUUAAUUUCUAGCAAUCUAUCUCCAGUUUGUCGUGGGUCGAAUGAACCACGACCAAGAACUUCACCGAGAGUUAUCGGUUCCGAUGGACUCGGCUUCAACAAGGAUAUCGACACGGUGCGAGUAGUACCUCCCGUUGGAGAAGUCGGCAAUUCUCUCAUUACAACGAAUCCGGGUAACCCAAUCCCCGAGCAGAACAACGAAGACUCCAAGUCGCGUGCACCUCCCAAUGGAGAUCCGAACGAUUCCAUCAUCCGAUCAAUCACCCCCGACUUGGAUGAACUCAAAUUCGAGGAGGCUGUCAACUUGCUCAAGCAGUUAGAUUCGGGAAGAUUCUUCUUGAACAGAUUUGGCGAUUGA